AUGAAGACAUCAUUUGCAGCGUUAUUGGGAAUAAUAGCAUCUGAACAAGUUGUUGUUACAGACCGAACUGUUCCUCCAAAACACCCGAAAAAUCGUCUAGCAAGAUUGAAUCUGAUCUGCUCGGUGAUUUUCGAGAAGACAGAAUGGAUGCUACCUGCGCGGGCAGCCGGCCUGAUGCAAAUGUGCAACACGUGGUCUCUCAAAAUUAAUUCAAAAAUUGACUCCUCGUCAUGCUUCUUCUACGACGCGGAGCUCCGGCCACAUGGCGGACCAGGACUGAACGAUAACCCUGCGCCAGUGGAUCCAUCGAAGGUUCAUGCUCUCUGGGACACUGGAAAAAUACAGUGGGGCUCAAAAUCACGAAAACGGCGCUCUGAUUUUGCGGAAGGAAUCCCUCAACAAUUUUGGUUCGACUCGAUUUGGGCAGAUGGGCCACGAAGACUUCAAACAUUGGAUCCGUCUCGAGACGACUACGCUCACCCAGACUUUUUUGAUGCUAAAAAAACUCUGCAGCUCGAGCUCGAGUUUUGCCAGGACGAAUGUGACGGAGACAAGCGAUGCGCAAAGAGCUGUGUGCCCAACGCCAAAGAGGUGCGAGGCAAUGGCUCCCGAAUGCGUGACCGUAUCGAGCGCCAAGGACCCUGGAAGAGCGCCAAAUCGCUAGUGACUGGUUUCCGCAAAUUCGGCGAGAGAUAUCUGUCGAACUGCCACGGCCACCGGGCUGGCACACACAUGAAUAGGCGAGUGCGCAUGAUCCAACGAAUUUCUCACAAAUUCUUGAAGCAUUGCUCGCACGAGCAGUGCUCUGAUGAGUGGCUCUCGAAGAAUCGUUUCAACUGGGGUAAACGAAAUUUGCGCACUGACAUCGCCGGCUGA